GCUCUGCCAAGCAAGUUUUAUCCAAACUCUGCAAACUCUCUAAAAGCAUGGAUUCAGCUCCUUCUACAUCCUUCCAAGAUUUCCUUGGAAACUUUCACUCCAGAAAAUUACUACCAUACAAACCUCCUAGCCAACCAUCAGUUACAGCAGCUCCUCCUCCUUACUCUCAGAAUGCCAACUUAGAUGAAAAUGUUUUCAUGGUACUAUCAGUCCUCUUGUGCGGCCUAAUUUGCUCAUUGGGAUUGAACUUCAUUGUCAGAUGUGCGUUUAGUUGCUCAGCCAGGGCGGCUUCCGAGUCCAAUGACAACCCUUCAGCUGGAACAGUUAAUAGAGGAAUCGAGAAAGAAGCCCUGAAGACUUUUCCUGUGGUAAAUUACUUAGCGGAAAUGAAACUGCCAGGGCUGGACACGGAAUGCGUCAUAUGCCUAUCCGAGUUCGUGCCUGGUGAGCGCCUCCGGUUACUACCCAAAUGCAACCAUGGAUUUCAUGUUCGUUGUAUUGAUAAGUGGCUUAAAUCACAAUCAUCAUGCCCAAAAUGCAGGCAUUUUUUGGUUGAAACAUGUCAAAAAAUCAUUGGGUGUAACCAAACUAGCUCAUCAGAAUCUCUUCUUCCAGCUCAAGAGAACGUUGUGAAUAUUCUGCCACUGGAACCUGAAGGUAUGGUACGUGAUUAUAGGGGAGUUAGAUAAGCGUGAUUCUUUUCUUUUGGCCAUUUGUGGAAAGCCCUCUGGCACUUUAAUGGUCUUAUCUUCCAUAUGGGAGCUCAACUUGGACUUUGAAAGGCACCCAACUGGCAACAUUGAUGUUCUUGCUGAAAGCGUAGACAAGUUCAAUUUAUCAAGCAAACUAAACUCGCCAAGGAAAAAAAGGCUGCAGUGGACAGAGUUUAAGCUGAGAAUUGCCGUCACGAUUUCUGUAGACAUAUGUGAAUUAACUUGUUGCAUCAUCAGGACAGUUUCCCUGAUGAUGCUGCGCCUGAUGUUCAACCUUGUAAACGCUCUUCACAAUUAUCAGUUCCAUUAUGAAAGAUGUUUUCAUUGAGCCCAUAGGGUUUAGUGUUAUUAAAUUUUAAAAUGCAAUGGAAGGAUCUUCCUCAGAUUCCCUUCAGCUAUUCUAGUGUAAUGAUCACCUGCCUCUUUAAGAUAUUUUGUUGUCUACUAUUUGAAUGAUGAACUGAUUCAAG